GUGCUGCUGAGUCACUCGGACUCGGUGAUAAGGAGAAAGAACGAAAGAGGAGGACAAUGGACUCUCCCGUUCGAGUUUUAGUUCUCGUCGCACUCUUCUUUCCGGUUUUUGUCGACUGUGCCAUUCGACAUUACAAGUUUAAUGUGGUGAUGAAGAAUACAACUAGAUUAUGUUCAAGCAAACCAAUUGUGACGGUCAAUGGUAAGUUCCCGGGCCCAACUUUAUAUGCCAGGGAGGACGAUACAGUGCUCGUGAAAGUCGUCAACCAUGUUAAAUACAAUGUUUCGAUCCAUUGGCAUGGAAUCAGGCAACUUCGGACAGGUUGGGCCGAUGGACCAGCAUAUAUCACACAGUGUCCGAUUCCGACAGGACAAAGCUAUGUCUAUAACUUCACCAUCACAGGCCAACGAGGAACACUUCUUUGGCAUGCUCAUAUUCUCUGGUUGAGGUCUACCGUCCAUGGUGCCCUUGUCAUAUUGCCUAAACGAGGUGUUCCUUAUCCGUUUCCCAAACCCAACAAGGAAGUGGUUGUUGUAUUAGCUGAGUGGUGGAAAUCGGACACCGAAGUGGUGAUCAAUGAAGCGAUCAAGUCCGGAUUGGCUCCUAAUGUAUCGGAUGCUCACACCAUAAACGGUCACCCGGGACGGAUCCCGGGUUGUCCUACACAGAGAGGGUUCAAAUUGCCAGUUGAAAGCGGCAAGACCUAUCUGCUACGCCUAAUUAACGCUGCACUCAAUGAAGAGCUGUUCUUCAAGGUUGCAGGGCACAAGCUGACGGUUGUCGAAGUGGACGCCACAUACGUUAAACCAUUUAAAAUCGAUACCAUCGUGAUAGCGCCAGGCCAAACCACCAAUGUCCUCGUAUCCGCGGAUAAACGUUCAGGCAAAUACAUGGUCGCCGCCUCCCCUUUCAUGGAUGCUCCGGUUCAGGUCGAUAACGUGACAGCAACUGCAACAUUACACUACUCGGGCACACUAGGCAACGUUGCCACGACUCUCACCGCACCGCCUCCGAAAAACGCCACAGCAGUUGCCAACAGCUUUAUAGACUCUCUCCGUUCACUAAACUCCAAGCUAUUUCCCGUCUUGGUCCCUCAAGAAAUCGAUCACGAUCUUUAUUUCACCGUCGGGCUGGGAAUCAACCCUUGUCCUACAUGCAAAGCCGGUAAUGGCAGCCGUGUGGUAGCGGCUAUCAACAACGUGACAUUCGUCAUGCCUACCACGGCAAUACUUCAAGCACAUUACUUCAACAUAAGCGGUGUGUUCACCGCCGAUUUCCCGAGCAAACCACCGCAUGUGUUCAACUACACCGGAACUCCACCGGCUAAUUUGCAGACAAGGAAUGGGACGAAAGUUUUCAGACUGGCUUAUAACUCCACGGUACAACUUGUUCUACAAGAUACUGGGAUCAUAGCCCCUGAGAACCACCCCGUCCACCUACAUGGAUUCAAUUUCUUCGCCGUCGGCAAGGGACUCGGAAACUAUAAUCCGAAAACGGAUCCUCAAACAUUCAAUCUCGUUGAUCCUGUUGAAAGGAACACAAUUGGAGUACCAUCCGGUGGUUGGGUAGCUAUCAGAUUCCGUGCCGACAAUCCAGGGGUUUGGUUUAUGCAUUGCCAUUUGGAAGUGCACACGACAUGGGGGCUUAAGAUGGCAUUCUUGGUGGACAAUGGGAAAGGUCCUAAUCAGUCAGUUCUUCCUCCUCCAAAUGAUCUUCCAAAAUGUUAAAUAAAAAACC